UUGGGGCACUUUGAGGUACUAUAUAGGUAGAGAACAUUGAACAAUAACAACAUUUUGACAAUAAUGCAGAUGGAACCUUAUACACUAGUCCCAAACUCUCGAAAAUGCAUGUUGAAGGGGAAAUUAGUUGGGGCAACUGAUAAGAGUGUGUCCCGAGUGGAGGAAGCUAAAGCUGUUAGCAGCACGCUGUCUCCCGUUACAGCGCUUUAACAGGGCUCAGCAUGCUGCUCCACUGUCCGACUGCCCUAUGCUGGGCUCAAACCAAUUAUCCUGUUUCACAACACACGUGAUCGUCCUCCUUGACACUGUGCAAACCGAUUGAGACAUACAAAAGGGACCCCUUGCAUGGCUCCAUCGGCGACAUUUCAAGAUAGCUGUGGAGAGAGCUUCACGAGUUCUAACCCAGUUGCAGCAUACAGGGAGAAACCAGUGAAGGAUCAGACUCGGACACAUUCUGCUGCUGCAGGGCCUUGGAAGGACAGGGCGGCGGUGGUUGUGCUGCUGACUGUAUGCUGCCUGCUGCAGUGGCCUCUAGCGACCACAGGGGGGCAGCCCGGCACCAAGCCCCACUUCUUCUUUGCUGUGGAGAUGGACAGAGGCGCCACAGAUGCACAAGCCCUGGCCGAGCAGCACGGACUACAGUUCAUAUCACAGAUAGGCCACCUGGAGGGCCACUUCACCCUGAGAGACAGCAGGGGGAGCCCUGGCAGAGAGAGCAGGGGGUUGCAGGAGAAGCAGAGUUAAGUUACCCAGAUGUCGACAGGACACUGAAGACUGAAGACCAACUGGAUCAUGCUCUGACCUUCAACGACCCUCUCUGGCCCAUGCAGUGGGAACUGUUCAAACAUGGCCAAUACAGCUCCUGUCACUUUGACCUGAACGUGAUGCCAGUGUGGAGCAGGAACAGCACAGGGAAUGGAGUGGAGGUCAGCAUCAUCGAUGACGGUGUGGAUCAUACAAACCUGGAUCUGAAUCGAAACUUUGAGGCCUUGGCCAGCUUUGACCUGCGUGGCUCACACAGCCUUUCCCGUGACCCUAUGCCACUCAGAGACGAGGAGAACAGUCAUGGCACCAGGUGUGGAGGGGAAGUGGCCAUGGAGGCCAGCAGCUCUUACUGUGGCGUGGGCAUGGCUUUCAACGCCAGGAUCGGUAUCGAUCUUCUGGACGGCACGGUGACGGACUCCGUGGAGGCCACAUCUCUGACCUUCAACAUGGACGUCAUUGAUGUGUACGUGUGCUGCUGAGGCCCGCGGGACGACGGACAGGAAAUGGCCGGGGACACUCACACAGAAAGCACUGAGGCUGGGCAAGGGGCGAGGUAGACAGCAUCUUUGUGUGGGCGUCUGGUAAUGGUGGGUUGGUGAACGAUCACUGUGGAGCAGACGGCUAUAUCAACAGUGUCUACAGCAUUGCCGUUGGGGCUGUCACUCACACGGGCAAGCCCGCCUUUUUAGGUGACAGUGUCCAAUCUAGGGGACGGUUGUGUCACCGGCUUUGCGGGGACAUCCAGUGCUGCACCCAUCCCGGCUGGGAUUCUGGCCCUUGUCUUGGAGAACAAUCCUGACUUGACAUGGAGGGAUGUGCAGCAUCUGAUCGCCAUGACAGCCAAGGUCCCCGACCCAAAAGAGCCAGGAUGGAGUAUCAACGGAGCAGGGGCUACAGUGGAGAGGGUCAAAAGUUUCACGUUCCUCUGAGUGCACAUCACUGAGGAUCUGAAAUGGUCCCUCCACACCAACACCCUGGCGAAGAAGGUGCAACAGCUUCUCUUCAACCUCAGGAGGCUGAGGAAAUUUUGGCGUGGCCCCUAAGACUACAGAUGCACCAUUGAGAGCAUUCUGUUGGGCUGUUUCACCACCUGGUACAGCAACUGCAUCGCCCGCAACCGCAGAGCUCUCCAGAGGGGGGUGCAGUCAGCCUAAUGCAUCCUUGGGGGCACACUGCCUGCCCUCCAGGUCAUCUACAGCACCCGGUGUCACAGGCCAAAGAAAUAAUCAAGGAUCUCAGCCACUCGAUCCAUGGCCUGCUUACCCUGCUACCAUCUAGCAGUUGGAGACAGUACAGGUGCAU